AUUGGCAGCAACGCCCCGGGACAGCGAAACCCGAGGUGCUGAAGAAGGCGCCUAGCUGCCGCGCGGCCGAGUGUGCUUUAUGGACCAUGUGCUGCUAUGUAUGCCUGCAGUACUUGAAAUGCAGAUUUGGAAAGACUGCCAUCUAAAUGCUUGGCUGGAUUAAACGCCUAAUUAGGAUGGUUUUUCAACAGGUUGGAAGCAUGCAAUCGGUACUUUGGUCUGGGAAGCCAUAUGGUUCAUCUCGAAGUAUUGUAAGGAAAAUUGGUACUAAUUUAUCUCUGAUCCAGUGUCCAAGAGUUCAGUUUCAGCUUACCAGCCCUACAGCCGAAUGGAGCCCCAGCCACCCAGGAGAGGAUGCAGUGGCGUCUUUUGCUGAUGUUGGGUGGGUAGCCAGAGAGGAAGGAGAGUGCUCGACAAGACGAAGGACACAGGUCAGGUCAAGGCAGCCCCUUCAGGAUGACCUUCCUUUCCUUGAGAAGCCCCCAAGCAGGCAGUUUUCCUUACCAGACCUGUCUCCAAAGGAGUGUCAGCUGCAGAGCACGACGCUGGCGAACGAGGAGGCACUGCAGAAGAUCUGUGCCCUCGAAAAUGAACUCGCUGCUCUCAGAGCUCAGAUUGCCAAAAUCGUGACCCUGCAGGAACAGCAAAACCUCAGUGCAGGUGAUUUGGAAUCUGCCACAGCUGUCGCCACAGCACCGCCCUCUGCCCCGCCAGCGCCCCCUCCGCCCCCGCCCCCGGCGCCCCCGCCCCCCCCUCCAUCAGUGCUCCACCAAAGCACAUCUGCUCUUGAUCUGAUUAAAGAGCGAAGAGAGAAGAACGCCUGUGCUGGGAAGACUUCAGUCAAGAACAAUCCAAAGAAACCUGACAUGCCAAAUAUGCUAGAGAUCCUGAAAGACAUGAACAGUGUCAAACUUCGGUCAGUAAAAAGGUCAGAACAAGACGUGAAGCCCAAGCCAGUGGAUGCUGCUGACCCUGCUACCCUCAUAGCAGAGGCUCUGAAAAAGAAAUUUGCUUACCGGUAUCGAAGUGAGAGCCAAAGUGAAGUUGAAAAAGGAAUUCCAAAGUCUGAAUCCGAGGCCACCUCCGGAACAGUGUUGUUUGGGCCACACAUGUUGAAGUCUACAGGAAAAAUGAAGGCUUUAAUUGAGAAUGUUUCAACUUCCUAACAGACAAUGAGCUGAGAAGGACUAUCCUAGUUCAGCUGUUGGUUUGUUAGGACUGCUUGGCUGGUAGAAAUCAACACUAUUUGGUAAAUACCUGCAUUUAGUGUUCAGUGGUCUCCUUUUAAGUCUCAUUAGAGGGUUAAGCUAUAACAAAAGCACUCUUAGGUUUGCUUUUAAGAGAAGGUCAGUUCUGAAGUUUUCUAUAACGUGUAUAUUCUGACAUAACAUGUUUUUAAUGUGUAGCCAGGAUAUUUAGGUUUCCAGUCUCAAAAAUAGUUAGAUUUCAGAACAAAGGAACUUUGUAGAUGUGAGUUUUAAAUUCUUAACACUAAUUUAUCUGUACAGAUGUUUUAUGCGCAUGUAUUUAGACAUAAAACAGUACCUGACAUUUAGCAGAGGCAGUGAUGAGGGUGCUGCUGGUGUCGUUCAUUCUCAGCGAUCGUUUCUGCACAGCUGCACAACCAAGUUGUUGGAGUGACAUGUUUGAGACUGUAGUGUCUUCUUGCCUUGAACAGAACUUUCAUUUUAGAUUCUUCCUCACAUUGUCUCGGAGGUGGGGUUUGAGUGGGAACUGGAUAAUGUUCGCUGCUGAAACUCCAUGAAGGAACGUCAAGGAUCGUGAAAGCUGUUCUCGCCUCAGUGCCACCCAGUGCUGAGGAAGGGAACGUAGUUUUCCAAUAGUGAGGAAUCAAAUUAUUGAAUUAAAUUACUUUUUAAGUAAAAACCAGAAUGUACCAUCUUUUUUUCUUUCAGUUUAAUAAAUGGCAUCACAAAAUGACUUGUUACUAAGUUAAUACUUCUGGAAAUGUCAGCAUAAUGGAGUUUAAAAAUUUUUAAUAUUGUCAAAAACUGUAGCUUUAUAGUGGAACACUGAAUAGGCAAAAGAAUUUCCUGUAAGCUGCUUAUCAUUGGUCAGAAUGCUGUUCUGUUGCGUUACAUUGUGCAACAUAAACUGUAGUGCUACUAGGAGUGGAGAGUUGCCUUUCUCAGCCAGGGCUUCUAAGGAAUUGUGACAAGUGAUCAUUUUUAAAUGCUUCAUAAGUCUUCAUGAUUUUCUGUAUUUCUGCUAAACUCAGUUAUAGUUAGUCAGACUACCAUGAAAACAUAUUUGGAUUUACUAUUUAAAUCUAGUGGGGGCAGGGGGAAGUUGUACUUCCUGGGGGGUGGGAUUCAGAGAUGGGAAGAACAGACAUUCACUGUUAGGUUACUGAAAAUAUGUGCAAUGUUCUAAAUAAUAGCAGAUAAUAGUUGAAGUUAAUGUACAUGGUUUGGUUAUUCACCUAAAAUUUGAACUGUGGCUUAUUUUACACGUUGUCAAUGCACAUUGUUUCUCACUGUUUUAUAUGGUUUAAAAAUUCUGCCUUAAAAAGAAAUCCAGAAAAUUCCCCUGAUAGACAUACCUUGACCGCCUAAGAAAUUCGUAUUUGUAUCAGUAUUGAAUUUGGGCCAGUGCUCCAAGAUAAGGAAGGUAACUGUUUUGAAAUAAAGCGAACUUUUAUUUUCCUCGGA